UCCUUAGGGAGCCAAAAAGAACAUCAGUUGUGUGACGUAGGAGAGUUUCUGUGUCGUGAUCGCGUGACUUGUAUCUCCCAGCACUGGCUGUGUGAUGGAGAGCCCGAUUGCCCCGAUGAUUCAGAUGAGUCUUUAGACACAUGUCCUGAGGAAUCACAUGCCAAGUGCACCUCGAAUUACAUUAGCUGCAUCGGUACAAAUAAAUGCAUCCACUUGUCCCAGCUCUGCAAUGGUGUUUACGACUGUUCUGAUGGGUAUGACGAAGGAGUGCAUUGCCGGGAAUUGCUGCCCAAAUGCCAGCAGAUGAAUUGCCAGUACAAAUGUGCCAUUACCAGGAACGGCACCAGGUGUUACUGUGGAGAUGGAUAUGAAACAAGCAGCGAUGGAAGAAGCUGCACAGAUUUGAAUGAAUGUGAUACAUAUGGAAGCUGUAGCCAGAUGUGCAUAAAUACAGACGGAUCAUACGCUUGCAGCUGUGUGGAAGGUUAUGUACUUCAGUCUGAUGACAAAUCCUGCAAGGCCAAAAAUGAGCCUGCUGAUAGACCUCCUCUUCUUCUGAUUGCAAGCUCUGAAACAAUUGAGAUAUUAUAUCUUAAUGGAAGCAAAGUGUCUGCCCGAACUCCUGUAAAAGGAUCUGCAAUUUUGACACUAGACUAUAGCUACAAAGAGGACACAAUUUGUUGGAUUGAAUCGAGAGAUCUUUCAAGUCAGCUGAAGUGUACCAAGAUAACAAAAGCUGGGAAGUUAACAGAGGAGUGGAUAAUAAACAUUGUUCAGUACCUUCACAAUGUACAGCAAAUAGCAAUCGACUGGAUCACUGGAAAUUUUUACUUUGUGGAUCACGUCAGUGACAGGAUCUUCGUUUGCAACCAGAACGGAUCGGUGUGCAUUACCCUCAUCGAGCUGGAUCUUAAUAACCCUAAGGCCAUAGCCAUUGAUCCAACGUCAGGAAAGCUUUUCUUCACGGACUACGGGAAUGCUGCCAAAGUUGAGAGAUGUGACAUGGAUGGAAUGAACAGGACGUGGAUAGUAGACUCUAGAAUUGAACAGCCAACUGCUCUUGCACUAGAUCUCAUCAAUAAAUAUGUGUACUGGGUUGAUGUGUAUCUGGAUAGUGUGGAAGUUGUUGACUAUCAAGGGAGAAAGAGGCAUACAGUAAUUAAAGGCAGACAAAUUAGGCGUCUUUGUGGUUUGGCAGUAUUUGAAAACUAUUUAUACACAGUUAAUUCAGAUAACCUCAACAUUUUACAGAUCAACAGAUAUAAUGGCACUGAUGUUCAGUCUCUUGCUAGAGUUGACAACGCUAGAGAGAUCCGCGUAUACCAGAAAAGAACUCAAACAGCAGUCCGCAGCCAUGCGUGUGAAGUGGACCCAUAUGGAAUGCCGGGGGGAUGUUCACACAUCUGUCUGCUCAGCAGCAACUACAAAGCACGGACUUGUCGCUGCAGGACUGGCUUCAUCUUGGGAAGUGACGGCAGGUCAUGCAAACGACCAAAGAAUGAAUUGUUUCUUUUUUAUGGGAAGGGACGCCCAGGAAUAAUACGGGGAAUGGACCUGAAUACCAAAGUAUCGGAUGAAUACAUGAUCCCUAUAGAAAACCUGGUCAAUCCUCGUGCUCUGGACUUCCAUGCCGAAACCAAUUACAUUUAUUUUGCUGAUACUACUAGUUUCCUAAUUGGACGACAGAAAAUUGAUGGCACAGAGCGAGAAACAAUCCUCAAAGAUGAUCUUGAUAAUGUAGAAGGCAUAGCAGUGGACUGGAUUGGAAAUAAUCUUUAUUGGACAAACGAUGGCCACAGGAAAACGAUUGCCGUAGCAAGACUGGAAAAAGCCGCUCAGAGUAGAAAAACUUUGUUGGAGGGAGACAUGUCCCACCCUAGAGGAAUUGUUGUUGAUCCUGUCAAUGGCUGGAUGUAUUGGACAGACUGGGAAGAAGAUGAAAUAGAUGACAGUGUGGGAAGAAUUGAGAAGGCAUGGAUGGAUGGCUACAGUCGGCAGAUUUUUGUAACAUCAAAGAUGCUAUGGCCAAAUGGUUUAACUCUGGACUAUCAUGCCAAUGUAUUGUACUGGUGUGACGCCUAUUAUGAUCACAUUGAAAGGAUAUUUUUGAAUGGAACUGAGAGAAAGGUAGUCUACAGUGGAAAAGAUUUGAAUCAUCCUUUUGGACUAUCGCAUCAUGGAAAUUAUAUUUACUGGACAGAUUAUAUGAAUGGGUCAAUUUUCCAGUUGGAUCUGGUUACAAAGAAUGUGACACUUUUAAGAAGUGAGAGGCCACCUUUGUUUGGGCUCCAGAUUUAUGAUCCACGUAAACAGCAAGGUGAUAAUGCGUGUCGCGUUAACAACGGAGGCUGCAGCACUCUUUGUUUAGCCAUUCCUGGAGGCAGAGUUUGUGCCUGUGCUGAUAAUCAGCUUUUGGAGGAAAACAGUACAACCUGCAUGAUUAAACAUGGAGAAGUGCUACCUCAGCUGUGCAAAGCCGAACAGUUUCAGUGUAAGAAUAAGCGCUGUAUCCAGGAUCGCUGGCGCUGUGAUGGGGAUGAUGACUGUCUGGAUGGCAGCGAUGAGCAUUCUGAAAUUUGCUUCAAUCAUAGUUGUCCUGAGGAUCAGUUUAAGUGCCAAAAUAAUCGCUGCAUUCCCAAGAGGUGGCUUUGUGAUGGAGCUAAUGAUUGUGGUAAUAAUGAAGAUGAAUCCAAUAAAACCUGUGCAGCAAGAACGUGUCAGGUUGACCAAUUUUCUUGUGGGAACGGACGCUGUAUUCCGACAUCAUGGCUAUGUGACAGGGAGGAUGACUGUGGUGAUGAAACCGAUGAAAUGACAUCUUGUGAAUUCCCAACGUGUGAGCCACUAACUCAAUUUAUAUGCAAAAAUGGAAGAUGCAUUAGCAGCAAAUGGCUCUGUGAUUCAGAUGACGACUGUGGUGAUGGAAGCGAUGAACUAGGCUGUAUUCACUCCUGUUCUGCUGAUCAGUUCAGGUGUCGUAAUGGUAGAUGCAUCCCAAGUCACUGGGCGUGCGAUGGUGACAAUGACUGCGGAGAUUUCAGUGACGAAACCAAAACAAACUGCAGCAAGGAAGAAACUCCCUCUCCUGGAAGAUGCAAUGGGAAGGAAUUUCAGUGCAGUCCUGAUGGGAGCUGUGUUCCUGAGUUGUGGCGCUGUGAUGGAGAAAAAGACUGUGAAGAUGGUAGUGAUGAAAAAGGCUGUAAUGGAACUAUACGACUGUGUGAUGAAAAAACAAAGUUCUCCUGCAAGAGUACAGGGAGAUGCAUUAGCAAAGCGUGGCUAUGUGAUGGCGAUAUUGAUUGUGAGGAUCAGUCUGAUGAGGAUAAUUGCGAGGGCUAUAUGUGUGGACCACCAAAAUACCCUUGUGCUAAUGAUACCUCCAUCUGCCUACAGCCUGAGAAGCUCUGCAAUGGGAGAAGAGAUUGUCCUGAUGGAUCUGAUGAAGGCGAUCUUUGUGAUGAAUGUUCACUUAACAAUGGUGGAUGUAGCCAUCAAUGUUCUGUGGUUCCUGGAGGAAGGAUUGUAUGCUCCUGCCCUGCAGGAUUCAGUCUUAAUAUAGACAACAAAACUUGUGAGAUUAUGGAUUACUGUACCAAGCACCUGAAGUGUAGUCAAGUAUGUGAACAGCAUAAAAAUACCGUCAAGUGCUCAUGUUACGAAGGCUGGAAGCUCAGUAAGGAUGGAGAAAAUUGCAUUAGUACUGAUCCAUUUGAGGCUUUCAUAAUUUUUUCUAUUCGACAUGAGAUCAGAAAAAUUGAUCUUCACAAACGUGACUACAGCCUCUUAGUUCCUGGUUUAAGAAAUACAAUAGCACUUGAUUUUCAUUUCAGUCAGAGUUUACUGUACUGGACAGAUGUGGUAGAGGACAAAAUUUACAGAGGCAAGCUCUCUGAUACUGGAGGUGUUAGUGCCAUUGAGGUGGUAGUACAACAUGGCCUGGCCACACCUGAAGGUCUUACUGUAGAUUGGAUUGCAGGAAACAUAUACUGGAUAGACAGCAAUUUGGACCAAAUUGAAGUAGCAAAACUGGAUGGCACUUUGAGAACAACGUUAAUAGCAGGAGCUAUGGAACAUCCAAGGGCUAUUGCUUUGGAUCCCAGAUAUGGAAUUCUGUUUUGGACAGACUGGGAUGCAAAUUUUCCUCGCAUUGAAUCUGCUUCCAUGAGUGGAGCGGAAAGAAAGAUCAUAUAUAAAGAUAUGGAUACUGGAGCCUGGCCUAAUGGCCUUACUGUAGAUCACUUUGAAAAAAGAAUAGUGUGGACAGAUGCCAGAUCGGAUGCCAUUUAUUCUGCAUUAUAUGAUGGAACCGGCAUGAUAGAGAUUAUACGGGGUCAUGAGUAUCUUUCUCACCCUUUUGCUGUUUCUUUGUAUGGGAGUGAAGUAUAUUGGACAGAUUGGCGGACCAAUACACUUGCAAAAGCCAAUAAAUGGACUGGCCAAAAUGUCAGUGUAAUACAAAAAACAAGUGCUCAGCCAUUUGAUCUUCAGAUAUAUCAUCCAAGUCGUCAACCACAAGCUUCCAAUCCAUGCGCCGCUAAUGAGGGCAGAGGUCCAUGUUCUCACAUGUGUCUGAUCAAUCACAACAGAAGUGCUGCAUGUGCCUGUCCACAUCUGAUGAAACUGUCUUUAGACAAGAAAACAUGUUAUGAAAAGAAGAAAUUUCUUCUUUAUGCAAGGCAUUCAGAAAUAAGAGGGGUGGACAUAGAAAAUCCCUACUUCAACUUCAUCACAGCCUUCACUGUUCCUGACAUUGAUGAUGUGACAGUCAUAGAUUUUGAUGCUGUUGAGGAACGCUUAUACUGGACUGAUGUGAAAACACAGACCAUCAAACGUGCCUUCGUUAAUGGGACUGGCUUAGAAACCAUUAUUUCAAGAGAUAUUCAGAGUAUCAGAGGUCUUGCAGUGGAUUGGAUAUCACGUAAUUUAUAUUGGAUUAGCUCAGAAUUUGAUGAAACACAAAUUAAUGUGGCUCAUUUAGACGGUUCCUUGAAAACCUCAAUCAUCCAUGGAAUCGAUAAACCCCAGUGUCUUGCAGUUCACCCAGUAAAAGGUAAGCUCUACUGGACGGACGGCAACACAAUUAACAUGGCAAACAUGGAUGGCAGCAACAGCAAAAUACUCUUUCAGAAUCAAAAAGAUCCUGUUGGUUUAUCAAUAGAUUAUGGGGAGAACAAACUUUACUGGAUCAGUUCAGGAAAUGGAACCAUAAAUAGAUGCAACUUGGACGGUGGUAAUCUUGAAAUAAUAGAAUCAAUGAAAGAAGACUUAACAAAAGCCACAGCUUUAACCAUUAUGGAUAAAAAGCUUUGGUGGGCAGACCAGAACUUAGCUCAGAUCGGUACCUGUAACAAAAAAGAUGGAAGAAACCCAACUGUCCUGCGAAACAAAACUUCAGGUGUUGUACAUAUGAAAGUGUAUGAUAAAGCAGCACAGCAAGGUAGCAAUUCCUGUCAGCUAAACAAUGGUGGAUGUUCCCAGCUUUGUUUACCAACAUCAGAAACCACCAGGACUUGUGUGUGUACAGUGGGCUACAAUCUUCAAAAAAACCGCAUUGCAUGCAAAGGUAUUGAGUCAUUUCUUAUGUAUUCUGUUCAUGAAGGAAUUAGAGGAAUUCCUCUUGAUCCAAAUGAUAAAAUGGAUGCUUUAAUGCCUAUAUCUGGAACUUCAUUUGCUGUGGGCAUAGACUUCCAUGCAGGAAAUGAUACAAUCUAUUGGACAGACAUGGGUUUCAACAAAAUUAGCAGAUCUAAACGAGACCAAACAUGGAAAGAAGACAUUGUUACAAAUGGUUUGGGAAGAGUUGAAGGCAUUGCAGUGGACUGGAUAGCAGGUAACAUAUAUUGGACGGAUCAUGGCUUCAACUUAAUUGAAGUUGCCAGGCUCAACGGCUCAUUCCGAUAUGUAAUUAUAUCCCAGGGUUUGGACCAGCCAAGAUCUAUUGCAGUACACCCAGAAAAAGGGUAUUUAUUUUGGACAGAGUGGGGACAGACUCCUUGCAUAGGCAAGGCACACUUAGAUGGGUCUGAGAAGGUUGUGCUUGUGAGCCUGGGGAUUGCGUGGCCUAAUGGGAUUUCAAUCGACUAUGAGGAAAAUAAAUUAUAUUGGUGUGAUGCUCGUACCGACAAGAUAGAAAGAAUUGACCUUGAGAGUGGAGGGAAUCGGGAGAUUGUGCUGUCAGGGAGCAAUGUGGAUAUGUUUUCAGUCGCGGUGUUUGGAGCUUACAUCUACUGGUCUGACAGAGCACAUGCAAAUGGCUCUAUUAGAAGAGGCCACAAGAAUGAGGCCACGGAUGCUGUGAACAUGAGGACUGGCCUUGGAAUAAACCUGAAGGAAGUGAAAGUCUUUAAUAGAGCACGAGAGAAAGGUACUAAUAUUUGUGCCAAGAAUAAUGGUGGAUGUCAUCAACUUUGCCUUUAUCGAGGAAAUGCACGGAGAACGUGUGCUUGUGCACAUGGCUAUCUUGCAGAAGAUGGAAUUACUUGCCUGAGACAUGAAGGUUACCUAUUGUACUCAGGAAGGACAAUAUUAAAAAGUAUACAUCUUUCAGAUGAAACCAACUUAAAUUCACCAGUAAGGCCAUAUGAAAAUCCAGAGUACUUCAAAAAUGUGAUAGCUCUUGCUUUUGACUACGGUCUGAAAGGAAGAGGUACGAAUCGCAUUUUCUUCAGUGAUGCACACUUUGGAAACAUACAAGUUAUUAAAGACAACUGGGCUGGCAGAAAAGUACUAAUUGAAAAUGUUGGGUCAGUGGAGGGACUUGCUUAUCAUAGAGCUUGGGACACUCUCUAUUGGACCAGUUCAACCACAUCCUCAAUCACAAGACACACUGUUGACCAGAGACGUCGAGGAGCUUUCAAUCGGGAAGCAGUAAUAACAAUGUCUGAAGAUGAUCAUCCGCAUGUAUUAGCUCUAGACGAAUGCCAAAACUUAAUGUUUUGGACUAACUGGAAUGAGCAGCUCCCAAGCAUCAUGAGAUCUACCCUCUCAGGCAAAAAUGCACAGGUUAUCAUUAGUACAGAUAUUCUGACACCAAAUGGACUUACUAUUGAUCAUAGGGCGGAGAAACUUUACUUUUCAGAUGGCAGCUUGGGAAAAAUUGAGAGGUGUGAAUAUGAUGGAUCACAGAGAUAUGUAAUUGUCAAAUCUGGACCAGGUACCUUUCUCAGCCUGGCUGUAUAUGAUGAUUAUAUCUUCUGGUCAGAUGGAGUGAGGAGAGCUAUUCUGCGUUCCAGUAAAUAUACAGGAGGAGAUACAAAAGUUCUUCGUUCUGAUAUCCCUCAUCAGCCAAUGGGCAUUAUUGCUGUUGCCAACGAUACUAACAGUUGUGAGUUAUCUCCUUGCGCACAAAUGAAUGGAGGUUGUCAUGAUUUAUGCCUUCUGACUCCUGAUGGACGAGUGAACUGUUCAUGUCGAGGGGAUAGAAUACUGAUAGAUGAUAACAGAUGUGUGACUAAAAAUUCUACUUGCAACAUUUAUUCUGAGUUUGAAUGUGGAAAUGGUGAAUGCAUUGAUUAUCAGCUGACUUGUGAUGGCAUUGCUCAUUGUAAGGACAAGUCUGAUGAGAAACUUUUCUACUGUGAAAAUAGAAGCUGUCGGAAGGGUUUCAAGCCAUGUUCUAAUCGUCGCUGUGUUUCACGUAACAAAGUAUGUGAUGGUGCAAAUGACUGUGGUGACAACUCUGAUGAGUUUGACUGUAAAGAUUCAACGUGCGCUUCAACAGAAUUCCAUUGUGCAGAUGGGCUUUGCAUUGGAAAAUCAGCACAGUGCAACCAGAUCAUUGAUUGUGCAGAUGCUUCAGAUGAAAAGAACUGUAAUAAUACAAACUGUGCUUACUUCUAUAAACUUGGAAUAAAAUCUUCAGGAUUUAUUAGCUGUAAUUCGACUUCACUUUGUAUACUGCCAGAAUGGAUAUGUGAUGGAUCUAAUGACUGUGGAGAUUACACAGAUGAACUAAAAUGCCCAGUUCAAAACAAACCCACAUGUGAAGAAAAUUAUUUUGGUUGUCCUAGUGGAAGAUGUAUUCUGACCACCUGGCUUUGUGAUGGGCAGAAAGACUGUGAGGAUGGAGUAGAUGAAUUGCACUGUGAUUCAUCUUGUUCAUGGAAUCAAUUUGCUUGCUCUGCAAAUAAAUGCAUCUCUAAGCAAUGGACUUGUGAUGGUGAGGAUGACUGUGGAGAUGGUUUAGAUGAGAGUGAUGCUAUUUGUGGUUCAGUGACCUGCGCUGCAGAUACAUUCAGUUGUUUAGGCUCCCAUGCCUGUGUUCCCCAUCACUGGCUUUGUGAUGGUGAAAGAGACUGUCCUAAUGGAAGUGAUGAACUGUCGACAGCCGGCUGCGCUCCUAAUAACACCUGUGACGAGAAUGCUUUCAUGUGCCGUAACAAAGUCUGCAUUCCCAAACAGUUUGUAUGUGACCAUGACGAUGACUGUGGAGAUGGAUCAGAUGAAUCUCUGGAAUGUGGGUAUCGUCACUGUCGUCCUGGAGAGUUCACUUGUGCUGAUGGAAGAUGCCUCUUAAAUUCCCAGUGGCAAUGUGACGGUGAUUUUGACUGCCCAGACCAUUCUGACGAAGCACCUAUAAACAUAAAAUGCAAAAGUUCAGAGCAGUCAUGUAACAGCUCUUUUUUUAUGUGCAAAAAUGGCAAGUGUAUUCCUCAAAGUGAUGUUUGUGAUAACAAAGAAGAUUGUAGUGAUGGAUCUGAUGAGAAAAGCUGCCACGUUAAUGAAUGCCUCAGUAAGAAAGUUAGUGGCUGUUCUCAAGAUUGUCAGGAUCUUCCUGUUGGAUACAAGGUGAAUAAUUACAAAAUGUGGUGUGAUAUAAUAUUGAAUGUAUUUGGUUAAACAUGUUCAGAUAUUGAUGAAUGUUCAUCUGGAUUUCCCUGUAGCCAGCAGUGCAUCAAUACAUAUGGAACCUACAAAUGCUUGUGUGCAGAUGGGUAUGAAAUACAACCUGAUAACCUAAAUGGCUGCAAAUCCCUUUCAGAUGAGGAACCUUUCUUAAUUCUGGCUGAUCAUCAUGAAAUAAGAAAAAUUAGCACUGAUGGAUCCAACUACACUUUGUUGAAACAGGGGCUGAACAAUGUGAUUGCAAUAGACUUCGACUAUAGAGAAGAGUUCAUCUAUUGGAUUGAUUCCAGCAGACCAAAUGGCAGUCGCAUAAACAGAAUGUGUUUAAAUGGAAGUGACAUCAAGGUAGUCCACAAUACAGCUGUUCCCAAUGCACUGGCUGUCGAUUGGGUUGGGAAGAAUCUCUAUUGGUCUGACACCGAAAAGAGAAUUAUUGAGGUGUCUAAACUCAACGGCUUAUACCCUACCGUCCUUGUGAGCAAGAGAGUGAAGUUUCCUAGAGAUCUGUCCUUAGAUCCUCAAGCUGGAUACUUGUACUGGAUUGAUUGCUGCGAGUACCCUCACAUCGGCCGUGUUGGUAUGGAUGGCUCCAGUCAAACAGUUGUCAUAGAAACACAGAUAUCUAGACCUAUGGCUCUUACAAUAGAUUAUGUCAACCAUAGACUGUAUUGGGCUGAUGAAAACCAUAUUGAGUUUUCUGACAUGGACGGAUCUCACAGACAUAAAGUGCCCAAUCAAGAUAUUCCAGGGGUGAUUGCACUAACACUGUUUGAAGACUACAUCUACUGGACAGAUGGGAAAACCAAGUCUCUCAGUCGGGCCCACAAAACCUCUGGAUCAGACAGACUAUCGCUGAUUAACUCAUGGCAUACCAUAACUGACAUCCAGGUGUAUCAUUCUUAUAGGCAACCUGAUGUGUCUAAACACCUGUGUACACUAAACAAUGGUGGUUGCAGUCAUUUAUGCCUUCUAGCCCCUGACAAGAUGUAUACUUGUGCCUGUCCCACCAACUUUUACCUUGCUGCGGAUAACAAGACAUGCUUAUCGAAUUGCACUGCCAGUCAGUUCCGUUGCAAAACUGACAAAUGUAUUCCCUUUUGGUGGAAAUGUGACACUGAAGAACAAUGCCAUUGAUACCUUAACCGUUCCUCUGAUAGUAUUCAUAAGCAGUUUUCUUUUUUCUCAGCUGAAUUCAGGUGUCAGCCAGGACGUUUUCAGUGUGGAACUGGACUUUGUGCUCUUCCAGCCUUUAUCUGUGAUGGAGAGAAUGAUUGUGGGGACAAUUCUGAUGAACUGAACUGUGACACACAUGUGUGUCUGUCAGGUCAGUUCAAGUGCACAAAGAAUCAGAAGUGUAUUCCAAUAAAUCUGAGGUGCAAUGGACAGGAUGACUGUGGUGAUGAAGAAGAUGAAAGAGACUGUCCUGAAAACAGUUGUUCUCCAGACCAUUUCCAGUGUAAAACAACAAAACACUGCAUUUCUAAACUGUGGGUAUGUGACGAAGACCCAGAUUGUGCUGAUGGCUCAGAUGAAGCUAACUGUGAUAAAAAAACUUGUGGGCCUCACGAAUUCCAGUGCAAAAACAACAACUGUAUUCCAGAUCACUGGCGAUGUGACAGCCAAAACGACUGUGGUGACAAUUCUGAUGAAGAAAACUGUAAGCCUCAAACAUGCACUUUGAAAGACUUUCUUUGUGCAAAUGGAGACUGUGUUUCAGCAAGAUUCUGGUGUGAUGGAGACUAUGACUGUGCUGAUGGCUCAGAUGAGAGGUAUUGUGAAACAGGCUGUUCAAGAGAUCAGUUCCAGUGUUCCAAUGGUCAGUGCAUAUCAGCGAAAUGGAAGUGUGAUGGUCAUGAAGACUGCAAACUUGGGGACGACGAGAAAAAUUGUGAACCAGCAUCUCCAACCUGCUCUCCAAGUGAGUACGUGUGUGCAAGUGGAGGCUGUAUUUCGGCGUCUUUGAAAUGUAACGGAGAGUAUGACUGUGCUGAUGGAUCUGAUGAGAUGGAUUGUGUAACAGAAUGUAAAGAACAACAGUUUCGAUGCAAAAAUAAGGCCUACUGUAUCCCCGUCAGAUGGCUUUGUGAUGGGAUCCAUGACUGCGUGGAUGGCAGUGACGAAGAAAACUGUGACCAAGGGGGAAAUAUAUGUAGAGCUGAUGAAUUUUUGUGCAACAAUUCCCUCUGCAAACUACAUUUUUGGGUUUGUGAUGGCGAGGAUGACUGUGGAGAUAACUCUGAUGAAGUUGCUGAAAUGUGUGUAAAGUUUCCAUGCCCUCCAACAAGGCCGUACAGAUGUAGAAACAACAGGGUUUGUCUGCGACCUGAGCAGAUUUGCAAUGAGGUUGAUGACUGUGGUGAUAACUCGGAUGAAGAUCACUGCGAUAAAAUCACAUAUAAAGCAAGACCGUGUAAAAAAGAUGAAUUCACUUGUAAUGAUAAGAAAUGUAUUCCAAUGGAGCUACAGUGCGAUUGGUUUGAUGACUGUGGAGAUGGUUCAGAUGAGCAAGACUGCAAAAUAAGUGUCACUGAAUAUACAUGUGAAGAUAAUGUGAAUCCUUGUGGAGAUGAUGCAUCCUGUAAUCAAACAAAAACAUCCCUACUGUGCCAGUGUAAACCUGGAUUUCAAAGAAAUGAGAGGAACAGACAAUGUGAAGAUAUCAAUGAGUGUAUGGUAUUUGGUGCCUGCUCCCAACACUGCAGUAAUAUUAAGGGGUCAUACAAAUGUGCAUGCGAGAAAAAUUAUAAGGAGAAGAAUAACAGUUGCAUAGCAAAAGGCUCUGAAGAUCAAGUUCUCUAUGUUGCUAAUGACACUGACAUCCUGGGUUUUGCAUAUCCAUUCAACUACAGUGAUGUUCAUCAGCAAAUAUCACAUAUUGAACAUAAUUCAAGGAUAACUGGAAUGGAUGCAUAUUUUCAAGGGGACAUGAUUGUUUGGAGUACUCAAUUUAAUCCAGGAGGGAUUUUCUACAGAAAACUUCAUGACAGAGAGAGAAGGCAAAGUAACAGUGGCUUGAUAUGUCCAGAAUUCAAAAGACCUAGGGGCAUUGCCGUUGACUGGGUUGCCAGAAAUAUUUACUGGACUGAUCAUUCCAGAAUGCAUUGGUUCAGCUACUAUACAACUCAUUGGACAAGUCUGAGAUACUCCAUCAAUGUAGGCCAGUUGAAUGGACCUAACUGCACAAGGCUCCUUACAAGCAUGGCAGGAGAACCAUAUGCAAUUGCCGUAAAUCCUAAAAGGGGGAUGAUGUACUGGACAGUUAUUGGGGAUCGUUCUCACAUAGAGGAGUCAUCUAUGGAUGGUACUCUGAGAAGGAUAUUGGUUCAAAAGAAUUUACAAAGACCCACAGGUCUCGUAGUUGAUCAAUUCAGCCAGCGUUUGUUCUGGGCUGAUUUUGAACUAUCUGUUAUUGGCAGUGUUCUUUUUGAUGGUUCCGAUUCAGUUGUGUCUGUGAGCACUAAACAAGGUUUACUGCAUCCACAUAGAAUUGACAUUUUUGAGGAUUACAUAUAUGGAGCGGGUCCUAAAAAUGGUGCAUUUAAAGUACACAAAUUUGGCAGGAGCCUUGUAGAAUAUCUAAGUGUGGAUGUUGAUAAAGCAAAAAGUGCCUUGAUUUUUCACCGCUACAAACAAAUGGACUUGCCUAAUCCGUGCUUGGACCUGACAUGUGAAUUCAUUUGUUUACUGAACCCUUCUGGUGCAACAUGUGCUUGUCCAGAAGGAAAAUCAUUGGUGAACGGAACAUGCAUUGAUCAGAGCCUCUUAGAUGGUACCUGUAAAUUAACCUGUGAAAACGGAGGGAAGUGCAUUAUAAACGAGAAGGGAGAUCCUCGAUGUCACUGCUGGCCAAGUUACUCUGGCGAAAGGUGUGAAACCAACCAUUGCUACAAUUACUGCCAGAACGGAGGGACCUGCGGAGCCUCUCUCCUUGGGAGGCCUACCUGCAACUGUGCGCUGGGUUUUACAGGACCAAACUGCAAUCAGACGGUCUGCGAUCAUUUUUGCCAAAACGGAGGAACCUGCAGUGUCACUGCUGGGAAUCAACCCUUUUGCAACUGCUUGUCUGAAUAUACAGGAGACAGGUGUCAGUAUUAUGUUUGCCACCAUUAUUGUGUGAAUUCUGAAUCCUGUACUAUUUCUGACGAUGGAAGUGUAGAAUGUGUCUGUCCAGUACGAUUUGAAGGUCCAAAAUGUGAAGUGGACAAGUGUAUCAGAUGUCAUGGGGGACACUGCAUAAUAAACAAGGACAGCAAUGACAUAGUAUGCAAUUGCACUAAUGGAAAGAUUGCCUCUACCUGUCAGUUAUGUGAUGGCUACUGUUACAACGGUGGUACGUGUCAGCUGGACCCAGAGACAAAUAUACCUGUCUGUCUAUGUUCAGCCAACUGGUCAGGCACACAGUGUGAGAGGCCAGCUCCCAAAAGCAGCAAGUCUGACAAUAUCAGUACAAGAAGCAUUGCAAUCAUUGUUCCUCUUGUUUUACUGGUGACUCUGAUCACUACUCUGGUAAUUGGACUAUUUCUUUGCAAAAGGAAACGAAGGACAAAAACUAUCCGAAGACAACCCAUUAUAAACGGAGGAAUUAAUGUAGAAAUUGGCAAUCCGUCAUAUAACAUGUAUGAGGUGGGCCAUGAUCACAGUGAAGGUGGUCUUUUAGCCUCAGAAUUCACUGUAAAUGCAGAAAAGGCCAGAUACAUAGGGGGAGGGCCCACUGCAUUCAAGCUUCCCCACACAGCUCCAUCAAUCUACCUAAACUCUGACUUGAAAGGACCACUAUCAACAGGGCCAACAAAUUACGCCAAUCCAGUAUAUGCAAAGUUAUACAUGGAUGGACAAAACUGUCGAAACUCCUUAGCAAGUGUUGAUGAAAGAAGAGAACUCCUUCCAAAGAAAAUAGAUAUUGGGAUAAGGGAGACUGUGGCAUAA